AGAAAUAAUUUUUAAUUGUUAUGUAAUAUAAUGUAAUUUUAUUUAUUGGUAUUUUGCAUUUAUUUAUAUCACUGUGGAUGAGAUUGUCUCAUAAGCUCUCUGGUUUUAAUAAGUUUGUUCUCCAAACAGAGCCAUAUCUGGCAAGGCCUUUUGUCAACAUUAAUGAUCCUAGAAAUGAAUUUACACCUAAAUGGAUCACCGAAUCCAAUAUCGCAUUUUCAAAAACCCUGUUUUCAAAAAAUGUAACAACACAUCCUAUAUACGUAUCUGAUACCAUAGACAAGGCUCCAUUAACCAAGAUUCCACAGAUUGCUUUUGUUGGUUACUCGAAUGUCGGAAAAUCAAGCCUGAUCAACUCUAUUCUCUACGGAACUGAUAUUCCCUUCUUUGCAAGAAAAAUAGUUUCUAACGCUAAAAUGCUGAAGAACCCCAAAUUUGCUCCCGUUUCUAAGACUCCGGGAAGAACAAGGCAUUUGUUCACAUUUGACCUCGGGAACAAUAUUUCUCUGGUGGACCUCCCCGGAUAUGGAUGUGCCAAAGUCUCAGAUGAAGUUAGAAAUGAGUGGUCUCUGCUUGUAAAUAAGUACCUGGAUAGGACGGAUAAUUUGUAUCGGAUUCUUUCUCUUGUUGAUUCAAUGAAGGGACCCGUAAAAGAAGAUUUCAAGCUCUGGAGCAUGUUAAAUGAAAUAGAAAUACCCUUUCAAGUGGUACUAACUAAAUGUGACCGGUUGAAGCCUGAGGAACUACACCUGAAAUAUUCAAAACUGAUUCAUAUACUUAAAGACUAUGAAAUUUUCGAUCAAUAUGUGUAUGCUACUUCUGCAACCAGACUUUUGGGAAUUCAUGAGCUCCGAUUAUCAAUAUCUCAUAUAGCACUAAAGAAGAAAACAGAAUCUAAACUUGUGGAUAAAUUUGUUUAAAAUGAUAAUUUAAAUUUUUAAGUUUUGUG